GUUAGUUGUGUUUUUGCAUACGAUUGCAUAUUUGCGCUUGGCGAGUGACUAUAAUAAAUUCCAGCUGCAAAGUGUAACAAGAUACGUCUGCUUUGUUGGUGUUGUUGUUGUGCUUAAGUGUGUGUGUGUGUGUGAGAGAGAGGGCGAAUUUGUAUUACCAAAAAGGGGCGGCAGGCUGCUAUUGAGCACAAACCGCAUUCCAAGCUGCCCGACAACCCGAAACCAGCAUCAAUGAAAAAGUGAACGCCACACAAAUGCAUCAUCAUCAUCCGCCAUUGCCCAUAACGAGCACAGCUGCGACGGUUGCAGCAGCCAGCACCAGUGUUGUGGGAAAUGGAACGGCUACAGGCAGCACAGCUCAGGCCACAGCUUCAGCAACUACUUCGAGCCAACAACCGCCGCCUCAGCAACGACGCCGCAAAAAGCGUCCAAACUAUGGUACCCGCACAGUGGAGGUUCGACGAGGCUAUAACGGAUUUGGCUUUACCAUAUCGGGGCAGCAGCCGUGCCGUCUCUCAUGCAUUAUCAGCAAUUCACCCGCUGAGCAGGCAGGUCUGCGUGCCGGUGAUUUUCUUAUCUCUGUCAAUGGCCUGAACGUGUCCAAGCUGCCCCACGAGACAGUAGUGCAAUUAAUUGGCAACUCCUUUGGUAGUAUACGCAUGCAAAUAGCUGAGAACUACUACUCGGAUAGUUCUGAUGAGGAAAAUGCAAAUGCUGCGUUGCUCAUGCAGCAGAAUGUGCGCGGCGCUCGUGGUUUGCUUACAGCCAGCUUGGGCAACGGAUUGCGUUCGAAGCCACGAUUUUUGCAUCACAAAUCUAAAAUGCAUCGAUUAAGGAAUUCACCGCAAAAGAAGCCGAACGAAUCGACAGUCGAACGUGCCCCUCGUCAAGAAGCUGCAAUCGCGGAAAUGCCCGCUCCAUCUGCUGCGCCAGACCAAUCGCCCUUAGUUCCUGUAUUGGAGGAUGCACCUCUGGGCUGUCUCAGCAAACCCUCGAAUGUGGCAAAUGUAAGCGCCAUGGUGCGUGCUGCUAGUGCCACUUUGGAAUAUCGUGUGCUUGUUGGCUACUUGGGCACCAUUGAGAUGCCAAAACAGAUUUCUCACAGUUCCAAAUUGCAAACGGUACGCUCCUGCAUACGCAAACUGCGUCAGGAGAAACGCCAACCAACCAAUGUGCUCAUGUGUAUACUACCUGAGCAAAUGCGUCUACAGAAUGCGUCUGGGAAGUCGUUGGCCACGUACCCAUCGGCCCGUUUGAAUUAUGUCAGCUCGUCAUCGGAGAGCGAAAAUAGGUUUUUUGGAUUGGUGACCAGCGCCGUGCACAAUACACUGAUCGAGGAGGAGUACGAAAUGGAGCCAGGAGCUAAUGAUAAGGCCAAUUCAAUGGCCCACAUUUGCAUCUCGCACAGUUGUCAUGUCUUUGUGAUCGAUACUAAGAUGAUUGAUCAUCAACAGCAUUUAGCACGGGCUCAUGAGUUUCGCUUGCAGUGCACACGUGAUCCCAUAUCUAAUUUGUGCCUCGAGUUUCCAAACAACUCGGAAUAUGUAGUGAAUCUUAUACGCAGCAUGUACACCAUGCGUAUCAUGCCGCAAGCUACGCGCCCAAAUCUGCCAGAUAGCUUUGAGGCGGGCGCUGGAGUCGCAGCGGGAGCUGCAGCCGCUGCUCAUUCGCCACAACCGUCGAAUCACAGCGAAAUCUCCACAACCACUUCCAACUCUGACUCCGGUAUUGGCUUCAAUAACGACUGCACUAACAUUUCAGACCGAAUUCUUGUCGUGGAUUUUGCUGGUCCACUGGCGGCUCAAGGGGCAGCAGCACCACAGGCACCUGUAGCCUCAGCUAUAGCGCGUCCACUCGGUAUCUUUGGUAUGGACAACAUGUCAACGGGACGCGCUGAUUAUUUGAGUAUGCAUCCCAUGCCCGAUCCAAAGACACCUACAACAUCAUCGUCCGGGCGUCGCCCCAAUUUGUUGGCCAGUUUCAAUCUCAUCAAGAGUCCGGCUACCAAUCUGACAGCAACGCGUUCCUGUGACGAUGUGUUGAGUUUGCUGGCCGGCACAAUUCAAGACAACGAUCCCGCAUUGCUUGCAGCUGCUUCCAUGGACGAUAUAUCGCUGCACUCGGUAGUUCCAUCGCUAGACGAGACACAAAUGUUUGUGCAUCCGUCCUACAUUUCGGCUUCGAGUGCAACACGCAAAUUACGCCACUCGCUUCAGCCACAGGGGACUGGAAUUGGGGUUACAACACCUCACAAGGUCAGGACUCAAGGGUCUAGUAAGCCACGACAUUCCCUGGGCUUCGAGGCAAUCGAUAAUGUGCCCAUGGACAUCCAUUAUGAGCAAAUAGACACCUGGACCAGUUUGCAAAACAUACAUCAGGCUGCAGCCUCUACAGCCCAGGCAACAAAUCUUUCUUCAUCUUCAUCUACACAAUGCCUUUUAGAAGCUACAAACAGCGAACCGGACUUCGGGAACCGCGCACUGCCCGCCAAUGCCUCGCCCUUUCGUCGCGCCUGGGGUCAGUCUUCGUUUCGCACGCCGCGCACCGACAAGGUGGCCAAGCAGCAAGAGCAGCAGCAGCAGAACGCCGGCAGCCCACUAGUGCGUCGCACAGCAUCCAUGACAGCAUCCGAUAAUGAUGUGUGCCUCAAGACCCUCGGUGCUGGCAACUUCUUUCUGCUCAAUGAGCUCAAGCUCAAGCAGGCGCGCAGUCAGCAGCAGCUGGGGCAUGCGCUCCAAGUGCCGCAAAUACUCACUACAGAGGCGCCUAGUGCUGCAGCAGCUGCCGAAUCCACACAUGAGCUGGUCACCAGUGAGCUGAGCGGCCCCUGCAGUCCCUCCUCCUGGGGUGGUUCCUUCGAGCGCAUGCUUCAAGAUCCAGCUGGCAUGCAGACCUUUGCCGAGUUCCUCAAGAAGGAGUUCUCUGCAGAGAACAUUUACUUUUGGACAGCCUGUGAGCGCUAUCGUCUGCUAGAGUCGGAGGCAGAACGUGCGAGUCAGGCACGUGAGAUCUUUGCCAAGCAUUUGGCUAACAGUAGCACGGAUCCGGUUAAUGUGGAUUCGCAGGCCCGGAACCUGACUGAGGAGAAGCUGCAAAGUGCAGCGCCCGAUAUUUUUGCGCAUGCGCAGAAACAAAUAUUCAAUCUGAUGAAGUUCGACAGCUAUCAGCGAUUCAUACGCUCCGAUCUCUACAAGAGCUGUGUGGAGGCGGAACAGAAGCAGCGACCGCUACCCUUCAAUGGCACCGAUCUUGAUGAUUUACUCAAGACAAAUUUUCACAUGGCCGCCUCGUCAAAGCUGAAAAAGUCCGCCAGCAAUGCCGAGGAUCGUCGGCGUAAGAGCCUCCUACCGUGGCAUAGAAAAACACGCAGUAAGUCGCGUGACCGUAAUGAAGCAGGAACACUAAUGCCAGCACCGCCACCACCUCCCCCUCCUCUUGCCAACAAAUUGAGCGUGCUGUCGAGCAGCUCUCUAAAGAUAGCCUCCACUCAAAAUUCGCAAACCGAUCUGCACAGCUCGCGCUCUUCGCUGUCCUCUUUUGAUGCAGGAGCUGGCCAAGGUGCCAGUGCAGAGAGCGUUUGUUCGCUUUGUCGCGUCAUACUGACGGACGGAGCCACAACCAUAGUGCAGACACGGCCCGAAGAAACAGUUGGCCAGCUGGUCGAACGUUUGCUGGAGAAGCGCGGCCUUGUUUACCCCUACUAUGAUAUUGUGUAUCAUGGCAGCAGCAAGUCCAUAGAUACCCAGCUUCCGUCGCAGGUAUUGGCCGGCAAGGAGGUCUCGAUUGAGCGACGCGUCGCUUUUAAGCUCGAUCUGCCCGAUCCGAAGGUGAUAUCCGUGAAAAGCAAGCCCAAGAAGCAGCUGCAUGAGGUCAUUCGCCCCAUUCUGCACAAGUACAACUACAGUAUGAGCAACGUGAAGGUGCUCGUGCGUGACACGCAAGCGCCCAUUGAUCUUACGCAGCCGGUUACGAUGGCCGAUGGUCUGCGCUUACAAAUCGUUCUGUUGCAGUCGGAUUUUCAGCUAGGCGGCGGCACUAACAUGCCGCCGAAGCUCAACAAACCCAUGAAGCCGCUGCCCGCCGCACCGGCAACCACAUCCGUCACAGUCAAACGGAACGGCACCACCUCCAUUCCAGCAGUGGUUGCCUCACAAAGCAAGCUAGACGAGAUAACCAAUAAGGUGUUCAAUGAACUGCUCCAAAGCAAGGUUGAGGCCUGUGCCAGCGAUAAACAAAAGUCCAGCGAGCUGUGCUCCAUGAAGUCGAACGACGAGACGCCCUCGGAGACAUCUUCUUUUUUGAGGCGCCAGCAGCAGGAGAACAGCAACAUUCCAGGCAGCAAACUGCCGAAGCUCAAGAAGAAAUCGACCAGCAGCCAACAUUCCGAGGAAGCACAACCGACAACAUCGCCAUCGCUAAUCACGCCAACACUUUUGGUGGAUCCUAAAAAGCCCAUCAUAGCAAAGCUGAAGGCGGGCGUAAAACUGCAGGUGACGGAGCGAGUAGCGGAGCAUCAAGAUGAACUACUCGAAGGCCUGAAACGCGCCCAGUUGGCUCGUCUUGAAGAUCAGCGUGGCACUGAAAUCAAUUUUGAAUUGCCCGACUUUUUAAAGAAUAAGGAGAAUCUCAGUGCAGCAGCCUCCAGGCUACGGAAGGUGCGCGCAAACUUGAGUCCCAUUAAUAAGACUGCAGCCGCAUCGUCCACAGCCAGCAAUGGGAGCGUGCCUACCCCCGAAGCACCGCAGCCAGCGCCACGUCUCUCGAUCACACGCAAUCAGAAGGCGUCAUGUGUAUCGCCCAUGAAAGUGGAUGUCGAGGAGGAGCAGCAGACUGAGGCCAUAACACAGAGCGAUACGAUUGAGCUGGCUAAUGGCGGCUACGCACGUGGUCCGCCACCCUUGCCGCCCAAGCCAAAGGUGUUGCCCAUCAAACCAUCCAACUGGGGUGUGACAGCUGCGAGCGUAAAUACGUCGCCAACGGGCAGCACCUAUAGCAACAAAUUUUCACCCGUUAAUCAGACAUCAUCGCCUCCGGCGACUGCAACAUUACCCAUAUCGUUCGGCACCAAGCUGCCACUGGAAAUGAGUCACAAGGCACUGGAGCAAACAAAUGCUCGCUGCGCCUAUCUGGAGGAGCCCAGCAGCAGCUUUGUUUGAGGCGCCUUUCGAAUGAUUUUUAAUUUCAACAAUUGUACAUACCCCUAAAUAAAUACUACACGCAUACGAUAUGUAAUAAGAAAGCAGGACCACUCUAAUAUUUAUUCAUCUAAUACACCGACCAUGACUAAACACUCAACAAGUAGCACUGAACGUGUGUCUGUAUUUAAAUUUAGGUGCACUAAGCUUUAAACUAAAAACAUAUGAAUUUACUUGCAUGUAAAAUUAUUAUGUUGUAAAAUAAAUAAUUAUUAUUUA